AGCAAACCAAACCAUUUCUUUCAGCCUUGGAUCAUACACUGAUACACCAACAAGAAACUUGUACCAUUGCUUCAAUGAAAUGCUACCGCCCAGCUGAUCAAGAUCCCAGCCACCAGGCUAACCAUCAGCCGCAGCACCACAAUUUCGGGCAUGCUGAGCCCCAAUACCACUCAGAUGGUGGCCACCACCAGGUCUCUGGCAACUGCAACAACCAACUCAAGCACUCCCACAGCCAAACUGCUCAUGGCCAUGGCACGAUGAUGAGCCAUCACCAGAAACAAACCAGCUCGAACUUCUCUGCUUCCAACAGCCACGAGCAUCCUUGGGGCGCCACUGGCUUCAUGGGCCAUCAUGAUACCUCAUCUGGACAUCAGAAGCAUGGCAAUGCAUCAGCUGGCCAUACUGCUCUGGCCAUUAACCCACGGAAACCAUGCCCAAGCCGGUUACAAGAGUGGCCAUGAGGCUUUGGGCGGUCAUCACACGGCUGAUAACUGGGGCCAUGCUCAAACCGGCUUCAAGAGUGGUCAUGAGACUGCGGGACAUCAUAAGGCUGAUAACUGUGGCCAUGCUCAGACUGGCUUCAAGAACAACCAUGAGACGGCUGGCCAUCAUAACUCUGAGAGUCAUGGCAAUGGGAUGCUGAAAUUCAUCAAGAAUGUUGCUACUACUCUCGGCCAUGGCGAACAACAUGGCCAUGAGACCGCUUGCCAUCACAAGGCUGAUAGCUGGGGCCAUGCUCAGACCGGCUUCAAGAGUGGACACGAGACCGCAGGACAUCAUAAGGCUGAUUACUGUGGCCAUGCUCAGACUGGCUUCAAGGAGACGGCGGGCCAUCAUAACUCUGAGAGUCAUGGCAAUGGGAUGCUGAAGUUAAUCAAGAAUGUUGCCGCUACUCACGGCCAUGCCCAACAGCAUGGCACUCAUGGCAUGACUGCUGCAACUGAGUACUACAAAGGUGAGAAGAAAGUGGAGAAGAAGUGCUCAUCAAACGAGAUUAAAAUGAAAACAAAGAGCGGCGACCACAACAAGGUCAAGAAGAAUAAGAAGGACAAGAAGAACAAGAAGUGUGGGAAAGACAGCGGCAGCAGCAGCAGCGACAGUGAUUAAGCAUCUAAAUCAGCAGAAAUACUUGGGGACAACUUUAUUCAGCAUCUAAGUAUGCAAAGUCAAAAAGAUGUUGCUUUAUUAAAUAAAGGACCAAAGUGGUGGGCAGCUAGCACUAGCAGCUUAAUUUCACCAUUGGAAUAAAAGUGUUCUAGUAUGGUUUGCUUGUUGAAUUAAAACACAUAAAGAUCUUUACUUAACAUGAUACAACUCCAAAAUGGCAGCCACGUAGAACUAGGCGGCCCAAAAUGACGUUCAAUAUCAAUGAGCCAAAGCUAUAGACAAAGACGUGGAUAGUGACCCAAAAUGACAUUCAAUAUCAAUCAAGAGAUAGAUUUUGUUGCCGACCCAAAAUGCAUCCAUGUGGACUGUGAAAGACGUGGAAAUGCAAAGUUCAAACGGAGGCUCAGUUUUGCUAUGAAAUUCCAUUCAAGCUACAGAGAAAUUUAAACUUACCUUCGAGCAGAAUCAGAUUUCUCCAAGACCAGAGUCGGGACAAAGGGUAUCAGUCAUAACAUAAAACAAUAAAAUUGUGAAUAAAGGGAAUUGAAAAGC